CUAGAUGUAAGCAUUCUCUCUAUCAGAGAUUAACACAUCCUGUAGUUACAUGUUCGGUUACGCAACCGUCCUAAAUGUUUCGCUCCGGGAUACCAUUAUGUUGUGAAAUUUCUUUGGCCAAAGGGUAACAAUGAAAGAUGAGGUUGGAGAAUGAGUUGUAAAGGCCUACAAUUCAAAUAGUCACCUGCUGUUCUGCUUGAUAGAAAAGCUGUGUCAGUCUCUUUUCUAUUAAAGCCCCUGGCUGACCACCAUCGUGCACGAGAAUUUUGUAUCGCUCAGGAAGGAAGCCACAGGUGACGCCUAUUUCCGCUCUCAGGGCCCCCUUUAAAACUCUAGCGCGCAUCUCCGCGGUAACCAGGACAGCAGUCUGAGACGAGAGGCCUCGCAACGGAUGCUAAAGUGAGUCUCUGGCUGAAGAGCAGUAAGGAAAACACAUCUCUUUGGAUUGCCGACACAUCAGGAGAAGAGCGAUAUAGCAGGACCUUAACAGAGCGCAAGAAGAGUGGAUUAUUUAAGGACUCUACUGAAUUAGGAGUUCACUGGUUAGGACACCACACGGUCUGAUGGGUCGGAACACCGUGAUCAAGACAUCCAAGACUUUUUUUUUUCUUUGGUGACGUGCUCUUAACGUCACCAGGAAGUCAUAACUGAGGGCACUGCCCUGAUAAAACUGAGUGUGUAAGGUGCAACUCAUCUUUUGAUCUAGGCUUUCUAGAGAAUCUUUGCUAGAGAUCAGUUGGACCACUUAUCCUUGAGCUCUGUGGUUUAGUGAAAGAGCUUGUGACACAAGGACCUUUUUCAAAAAGACUACAAACAGAAAGAAAGGCUACCUCGGUGGUGUGUGUUUGUGGAUCUGUGGGUAUGUUCUGGAGUCCUAGAUUCAGAUAAAGAGUGAAAAUCCCAGCAUCAUGGAUCUCAGUCUACUCCAAGCUCUGGAGAGAGAGAAGGUGCUGGAAGUUCUCCAGCGGGAUAAAACUCUGCGCUCUGUGGAGGAGGAUAGAAUAAGGCGACUGAAACUGGAGCUCCAGGAGCUGCGGCGGCGGGGGGCCAAGAGUUUCUGCCGGCAGUACAGCGAGCGGACGUGCGCGCGCUGCCAGCGACCCCUCGGAAAGUUCUGGAACAGCGGUGCAGUGUGCCGGGGCUGCAGCCACCGCAUCUGCAGCAAGUGCCGAGUGUGUGUGAGCCCUCACGAGUGGAAGUGUACCGUCUGUCAUGCCUACAGGGAUGUUAAGAUCAAAUCUGGUGAAUGGUUCAUGGAGGAGCGAGCCAAGAAGUUCCCCCGAGAGACAGACAAACAUGACACCAUUGGAGAAAUACUACUUAGGUCCUACCAAAGGCUCAGUUAUAUUGCAAUUGUCCCGCCAACUCCUCCACCAGUGCAGAAUGUGUUCACACCACCGUUUAACAGAUUAUCGUCCUGGAAAAAUUCUAAAGGAAGCCCCAAACCAUUCACAAAAUCCAUGGAAGAUCUGAUGAUGUCGUUCACAACCCGCAUCAAAAAAAUCUCCAAGUCCCAAGAGGAUGUUAGGGCAGAGCCAGACCUGCUGACUGUGGAACAUGGCAGCAUAGACCGGAGCCAAUCAGACACUGCCAUCAAUAUAUCUGCCAAUCAAGUACCGUGCUUCCAAAGCCUUUUUAAGAGGAGCAAGGAGCAGGUGCAGGAGAGGAGAAGGUCGUCCUCAGCACUUUGUGGAGAUGAGGAUACGUCCCAGAGCUCAGGCUACUCAGGAGAGAAGAGGGGCAGCAGCAGUAGCACCAGCACAGAUUGCGGACUGAUUGAGAGCUCCGGCGUGACGGGAGAGUUGGAGCUGGCUCUGGCCUACAGCUUCAGCUCCUCCUGCUUCGAGGUGGUCGUGGGGGCCUGCAGGAACCUCACCCACGGGGACACCAAGAAGAAGAAGUGUCACCCCUAUGUAAAGGUCUACCUACUGCCCGAUAAAUCCCAGAGCACUAAGAUGAAGACAGCUGUGAUAAAGAACACAACAGACCCCAUCUUCCAGGAGACCUUACAGCGCUCCAUUGCUCGGGAGCUGCUGGCCUCACGGACGCUCCAGGCCUCAGUGUGGCAUUCCGAGACCCUGAGGCGGAAGGUCUUCCUGGGAGAAGUUCUCAUUCCCCUGGAUAGUUGGAGGUUUGAAGACUCUAGCACACAAGGGCUCAUGUGGUACCCUCUCUGUCCCAAGACAGAACAACCACAAGGGGGCAGUGUGGAGCAGGUUGCUGGGGAGCUGCUCCUCAGAGUCAAGUUCUCAUCUCUCACCCAGAUCUGCAAGCUGAACAGCACUGGCAUUGGCCCAUAUGAAGUUGGCCAGUUUACUGUAGUCAUUAUCGGUGUCCAGAACCUGUCCAGUUCAAAACACACAUCAUCAUUUAUUAAGGGUUGUCUGGCUCUGCCAGGGGAGAGGGAGAUGGUGCAGAGGACCCCAGUGGUGAAGAAGGGCCCCAGCCCGGCGCAGGCCCACCAGCUGACCUUCAGCAGGGUCACCCCCCACGAGCUCCAGGACGCGUCGCUGCAGCUGGAGGUCUGGGAGCACGCGCCCUUCAGCGUCGCCGACAAACUGCAGGGGACAGCCACACUACAUGGAGGGUUGUUAUGGCAACCUUUACAACAGGCACCAAAUGUGUGGCACAGCGUCAGCCUACCUCUCCGCGCCAAUAUAAACAACAGGAAACCAUGACAACCUACAGUAGCUCGGAGAAAAGAAAUGGGAAAGCAAGAGAAACAUUUGUCUCUGUCGCUCUGUGAAAUGGAUCUUUACCCUGUGCUUCAGCAUACUGUUUCUUAAGCAUACAUCACUGCCUAAUGGUAGCCCCCUAUACACACACACACACUUUACAUUAUUUAUGAAUCAAAAUCUUUACAUAUUCACAUUAUAUAUGGAUAAUGAGCAUUCCACACAAAACAUGGAAAAGUUGAUUUUAUAUGUCUGUUUAUGUCAGUGUUACAGAACCCAUACAAGACAGAAUACUGACAAUGGCUACUGUAAAUGAUGAUUACUUGUUAAGGACCAUCCAUCAUGAACAACCUAAUUGAACUGUUACAUGACUAAGAUUAUCUGAUUAAAUGUAUGCUUCGGCAUAUUUACACUGGACACCAACCGGACAGUUGCAUGCCUAAGACUGUUUCAUUUUUGGUUGUGUAUUCUUAUUUAUUUCUUAACUUAUGAACUUGUUUUUAUAUGUAACAAUAAAAUAUACAAAUAAAUCCAGAAUUACUUUUCUCAUUUCUCAAAUAAUCCCUUUUCAAAAAAAAAGUGCAUUUCUCAAAUUUGCACAAAC